UUUUUUUAGUCAAGGAAUUCAGUCAAGGAUUCUGUUGAUUCUUACUUAGUUUGAAAUUAACAAAAAACAAAACAAAAAAAACAGAGUUGUGUGUGUGUGUUUAUCAUGCUUCAGGACGACGGCGUUAAUUAGGUGAUGUUGAUUUUGGAAAGCUGUGUAUUGUGUAUUAUGUUGUUUUUUUUGUUGGGGUGGGGGGUCUUCAUUUUUAGAGGGUUUAUUAUUAACACAUUAUCCACACACAAAAGAAAAUUCUGGAAUUAUGAAUGCUAAUUGUUUUGAUCAGGAUGAAUCAGGAAUUUGGCCAAGAUCAAUUUAGCAGGUUAUUUUGUUUGCGUUGUUAUAUUAAAUUGUCAUUUUUUUAGACCUUACUUGUGUGUGUCUGUGUGUGUGUUACAGUUUCAUCCCAUAGGACUGUCCAUGUGUGAAGUAAUAUCUGUAUUUAUCAGUUGCAUCUUGUUCAUUACAGAUAAAACAGAAUAUGCAAACGGUUAAUGUGUAGGAUACGGCCUUCACAGGGUCUAUGAUAAUAUAAAGGUUGAAAAUGAUAGGUAUAUUAAAGGUGUAAUAUAAAGUAUUAACAUAAAAUAAACAAAUGAAAAACACCACUGUGGGGUCUGUGUGCUUGUCAGCUGGUUUCCGCUUGCAUGUUAGCUAGGUUAGCUGUUAACAGUAGCAGGUAAAUGUUUAUUUAUAUAAAGAAUGCAUUUAUUUAUUAAUAUAUAUAAAACACGAUGAAAUUUUGGACUCAAAGUGAAAGAUACUAUAUAAAUAAGGUUAUUACUGACUAUAGUAAAUAUUUAAAUAAGUAGGCUAUGCGAUUUGAGACGCUUGGAUGGACGCCCCGCCCCCUUCUCAAAUUUCACCCAAUGACAAAGCGGCACUGGCGUUUCCAUGACAACACGGCGCUAUAACACGAGCACUUGUAUCCUGCUUCACUAAAGGCCUCUGCUCAACCGAGUCAAAGGGUGCAGCGUUUGAUCAUGUCGGAUGCGGCGAAGGAGAAGGCCAUCCGGCUGCUGAAGAAGCGAGAGAGCAUGUCGUCUCUGGGCAGUCAGGACGUGAGAGCCAGGAGGGAAGAUCUCACUGUCAAGACCAAGGACUCUAUCAGUAGCGUGUCCUAUAUGGACGAAGCCGGUCACCAUGACGAAAACCCUCGACAUGCAGUGCAAAUGGAGAACACGUACCAGCUUGGUCCCACAAAGCAGUUCCCCGUGCACGCUGUGAGGGAGAUCCUGAAGGACGUUCUGAGCAGCUACCUGCAGGAGGAGAAGUAUGAACCCGAGCUAUGCAGACAGAUGACCAAAACCAUAUCAGAGGUGGUGAAGGCGCGAGUGAAGGACCUGAUGAUCCCUCGCUAUAAGAUCAUCGUGAUGAUCAGCAUCGGCCAGCUGGCAGAGCAGAACCUGCGCAUGGCGAGCCGCUGCCUCUGGGACGCCACCACCGACACGUUUUCAUCGUACACUUUCAAGAACAGCUCGCUCUUUGCCGUCGCCAAUGUCUAUGCCGUGUACUUUGAAUGAUGCAGUUGAGUGUAUGAGAACCACCUCAGAGUGAAACCAUGGGUUCUAGCUUUAAAGAGUUCUUCAGGAUUAAGACUUAGUAAAAAAAAAAGGAAUUGGGGAUUGUAAGUCAGGUUUGAAAGCUGAUUAUGGAGGAAUGGAACAUUUUCACUGGAAUCUAACCAUGUCAUGAUGACAUAGAUUGGAUGCAUGGAUGGAUGGAUGAAAACUCUUCUUUCAAAGACUUUUUUCCCCAUUGCUCUAGAUUACAUUGCAGUUACUGUUGGAUGGGAUGGACACACUGAUGGAUCGGUAUAUGGAGGAGUAGAUCUGUGAAAGGAUAUAUGGAUGUAUGGAUAUGCAGAUGUAUGGAUGGAUGUAUGGUGUAAUGAAUAGAUAGAUAAACAUACAUGGAUGGAUGGGUAGAUGGGUGAAUGGAUAAAUAUAUGGAUAGGUUAAUGAUAGAUGGAUGGCUGGAUGGAUAGAUAUAUAUGUAUAUGUGAAUGGAUGGAUGGAUGGAUUAAUGGUUAAAUGAAUAGAUAUGGGGAUGGACAGGAAUGGUGGAUGAUGGAUGGAUGGAUGGAUAUAUGGUUAAAUUAAUGGAUAUAUGGAUAGACUGAAAGAUGGAUGGAUGGAUGGAUGGACAGAAAGAUGGAUGGAUGGAUAUAUUGAUAGACGUGUAAAUGGAUGGAUGGAUGGAUGGACCGAAAGAUGGAUGGAUGGAUAUAUUGAUGGACGUGUAAAUGGAUGGAUGGAUGGAUGGACAGAAAGAUGGAUGGAUGGAUAUAUUGAUGGACGUGUAAAUAUAAAUUGAUGGAUGGAUGGAUGGAUGGACAGAAAGAUGGAUGGAUAAAUUGAUGGAUACGUGUAAAUGUAAAUGGAUGGAUGGAUGGACAGAAAGAUGGGUGGAUGGAUGGAUAUGUGUAAAUGUAAAUGGAUGGACAGAAAGAUGGAUGGAUGGAUGGAUAUAUUGAUGGAUAUGUGUAAAUGUAAAUGGUGAAUCGUAAAUAAACUGUUCACUGGAGCAGAGCUCUAUAAGGUUCUAAACAUGAUACAUUAUUAAUAAUACAUUAUUACUAGUGUCACAAUCCACCAUUACAGUUCAGUCAGUAUUCAUGAUAUAAGAUCAGAGACACGUUUAAAUGUAUCAAAUUUAUUUAUCAUACAUCUCACAUCAUCAUCACCUUCAUCAUCAUCAUCUUCAUCUUCAGCAUCUUGAACAUCAUCAGGAUAGUCAGCAGCAGCACACAUUGUUUUAUCAGUCUAUAUAUCACGCAGCAUUAUCAUUCAUUACACGCUCCUUACAGACAUUACUGCCUUGUUUGUAUUGAACGUAUAUGCAAUUACGUUUAUAGAUAAAAAUUUUGUCAUUGUUUAAACCCACUCAUAAAUUAAGAUAAGGUUCAAGGAUUGGUUAAGAAAUUGGACCAAAAGAAAUAUAUAAUGCGUAAUCAAAUCUUCAUUUUCAGCCUUAUUUAUCAGGUUUGCAUGUAAAAUAAUAAUAAUAAUAAAAAAAUAACAACAACAACAACAACAAAUAGUUUUGUAACGCUGUGAAAAAACAACAGGUCUGACGAUCUCUUAUUUAAAGUUUUAGCAAUGUGUCUAUUGGAAAUGUGGAUUAAAUUACACCUAAUUUAAUAAAUUUUUCUUCAGACGA